UGUGCGUGUGUGCAUGCGUGCGCGUGUGUUUGUGAGCGCGCGCGCGUGUGUGUGUGUUUUAAAGACACCGAGCCUUGAAGAAAGUGUAAAUAACACAUCGGGUUCAUUAAUGGACCCGUGCAACGAAGCUGGAUUACAUGGUGGAGAAUUUUCCUGAUCCCUUAGAAGGUUCAGCAUCCUGUUGAUUAUUUUGGUUGUUUUCUCUUGUUUUUUUUAACAUUGGGGGUGUUCAGAGUGGGUCCAGAUGUUGAUCCACACUUAUUCGGCUAUGGAGCGCGCAGACGGACUGAGCAGUUCCUCUCCGAGCGGGCGCCUCUCCCAGUUAUCCUCCCUCAAUCAGGCCGCCUACUCCUCGGCUCCCCCCCUCUGCCACACUCCGGCCUCCGACUUCCAGCCGCCGUACUUCCCUCCCCCGUACCCGCAGUCGUCCCUGUCAUACUCCCAGAGCCAGGACUCGGCCUACUCCCACCUGUCGGACCCUUACCCCUCCAUUAACUCCAUCCAUCAGCAUCAGCAAGCCGCAUGGCACUCCCAGAGGUCGCGCUCCGACGAAGGGGGGCUUUUGUCGCAAACGCACCGGGCUCUCGGGCUCGACCCCCGGAGGGAGUACGCGGCUGUCCCCCGCCUCCUCCACGGUCUCGGCGAAGGGGCCGCCGCUCUCGGGGACGGACCCCUGGGGAUGCACAUAGGACAUCACGGCCUGGAUGAGCUUCAGGGAAUGGAGGAAGGAUCAGCCUUGGGCAUCCUGGACCACUCUGUCAUUAAAAAAGUUCCUGUCCCAUCCAAGCUGAACGGUUCAUCCUUGUCCGCCUUGUCCCUCGGGAAGGACGGCCUCGGCAUGGGCGCCGUGUCCAACCCGGCCGAGGUUUUCUGUUCGGUGCCAGGCCGCCUGUCGCUGCUCAGCUCCACCUCCAAGUAUAAGGUCACCGUCGGAGAGGUGCAGCGGCGGCUCUCCCCGCCCGAGUGCCUCAACGCUUCUCUGUUGGGCGGAGUCCUCCGCAGGGCGAAGUCCAAGAAUGGUGGCCGCUGUCUGCGAGAGCGUCUGGAGAAGAUUGGCCUCAACCUGCCCGCCGGGCGACGCAAGGCAGCCAACGUCACUCUGCUAACAUCUCUGGUGGAGGGUGAGGCCGUCCAUCUGGCGAGGGAUUUCGGAUACGUGUGUGAGACUGAGUUCCCCGCCAGAGCCGCCGCUGAGUAUCUGUGCAGGCAGAGUGAGCCAGACCAGCUUCCCACGCGACGAAGCAUGCUCCUCGCCACCAAGGAGAUCUGCAAGGAGUUUGUAGACCUCAUGUCCCAGGAUCGCUCUCCGCUUGGGGGCAGCAGACCUAACCCCUGCCUGGAGCCUAGCCUCCAGGGGAGCCUCACCCACUUCAGCCUGCUCACCCACGGCUUCGGUACCCCCGCCAUCUGCGCUGCGCUCUCCGCUUUCCAGAGCUACCUGAUGGAGGCCAUUAAAAUGCUGGACAAAGGAGACGGCGUGGGGAAAGGCCACCACGACAAGGAGAUGAAACAUCGUAAAUAGACGGUGAAGAGGCAAAAAAAGAGGCAAAAACUUCUCGGUGUUGCAACCUUUGGGACAAAUAGAGAGACCAGCCUGGACCCUCAGGCAUGAGGAGGUCUACUGUAAUGUACUAUAAUGUUUGUCCAUAAACUUCAUUUCAAAUGGACCUCUUCUAGUUGCAUCCACACCAGGAUGCACUCCUACAUAUGGCAGUAUUGUUUAAUUUCACACCAACCUUGGUUGUUUUUUAUUUAUUUUAAUUACUUGUUCGUGGAAGCGGAUUUUUCCAACAUUUUGGACUCAUGCUGGACGUGUCGUACGUAAGCCAUAUCUGAGGCAACAACCUGCUCUUUUGCUGAAAGACUUCAUUUUCUCAGCUUCGGUUUAUAGUUCUUAGCAAGGUGCUCACGGGAAAUGGCAGUUGCAUGUUUGGUCUUCAGUGGACAGAGAGGGUUGAAAAUGCAGCUCGAGGCGAGGGGAGGCUUCUGCGUGUUCUGUACAUAAGUGAAGCAAAGAGCAAAAUCAUUUUGUACUUUGUGUGUAUGUUUAUUAUUAUUACUGUUAUUACUGUUAUCAUUGUAUUACAACAUAAAUGUAAUAUAUUAUU